GAAAGAAUGAGAGCUGCGUCUGCGUAGAUUUGGAGACAGGACAGUGCAUCCAAUCCCUCCUCUAAUCGAAAGUCGAAACGUAGAUUCCCAUUAUUUUCAACCUUCAAGUACUCCUUCUUCCUCUUGGCGGCAACCACGCCCAACAAUUCCCCUGUCUCUCUCUUCUCUCACUCUCUCCAUCAAUAACAACCAGAAAGAUGCAGAUCUUCGUCAAAACUUUGACCGGAAAGACUAUCACUCUCGAGGUCGAGAGUAGCGACACCAUCGACAAUGUCAAGGCCAAGAUUCAGGACAAGGAAGGUAUCCCCCCUGACCAGCAGAGGUUGAUUUUUGCUGGUAAGCAGCUGGAAGAUGGUCGCACUCUUGCUGAUUAUAACAUUCAAAAGGAAUCAACACUUCAUUUGGUUCUGAGGCUUAGAGGAGGAACCAUGAUUAAAGUGAAGACACUUACUGGAAAAGAAAUUGAAAUUGACAUUGAGCCAACUGAUACCAUUGACCGGAUCAAGGAACGUGUUGAAGAGAAAGAGGGAAUUCCACCUGUUCAGCAGAGAGUCAUAUUUAAUCUGCUUGCCCUUCAUUAGCUACAGCGAAAUUUGAAUCUUGCUGACAAGCUCAUAUAUGCCGGGAAGCAGCUGGCAGAUGACAAAACAGCUAAAGAGUACAACAUUGAAGGUGGUUCUGUGCUUCACCUGGUGCUUGCCCUUAGGGGUGGUAGUCUUUAUGUAUAAUAAUGAGCAUCCAAUGACCGGGCACUCUGUUUGCACAGACUCGGUCACUUCUUGGUAAAAUCUGUUAGUCACAUCUAAAGCAUGAAACCAUGAAUGGAAACUGUGUCACUAUCUGUCUCUGAACAUGGCGUUGUUAUAUUAUAACUUUGUUUCCAGCAAUUUGCUGCAAUUGUUGUUAUAGGGAGAUUGACUCAAGUUAUAUGCUUUCAAACCCCAUGGUUCUCUGAAUGAUGGAUAGUUGAACUGUAAAUUCAUAAGCAAUAGUUGAGGAACUUGAUCUGAUUCAACA